AUAUGUAGGUAUAAUGCAGAUGUAUAUAAAAAGAUAAAAUAAAGACAAAGGAAAGAGAAAGAUGAAGAGAAAGAGAAAAAGAGAGAGAGAGAGAAAUAAUGCUAUUUCCAUUCAACCAAGUUAUCUCGUAACGUCGAAGGAUCCCAAAGGAUUUACGUAACUCGACGAGAGACUAGAGACGAUUCAUUGUUGCAAGCGUGUCACGAGCGUAAUCACACGUAUCUAUGUAUGUGUAUCUCUACGGUAUCCGAGUUUAAACGUAAUCCAUGAUAUCACGCUCGAAGCAAAGGAUUUGGUAUGUGGAUUUCGAUUCGAACCAACUGAAAUUGUCAGAUUCAAAAUUAUAAAAAAAUUAUUCUUGUCGAAGUAGAAUAAUAUUUCGAUAUGAAAAAGAAAAAAGGAAAAAAACGAAAGAAAGAAAGGAAGAAAAAAAGAAGAAAAAGAAAUUCAACAAUUAAAUAAACUUUUGAUAAAUAUUAAAUAUAAAUCUAUCUUUAAAAACUAAACUUGAGAUUGUUACGUCAAUAUAAAAGGUCACUAAUCAACACUCGACUUUGUGGGAAAUGAAAGAAGAAAAGAAGAGAGUGCGUUUAUUUAGCAAGUUGCAAAAGCGUCUAUUCGCGGAGCAACGACGAACGGAUUUAAUGAAUUUCAAUGAGCUCGACGACCCUUUCUCGCUGACGGCAAACUUUGGGCAAACAUCGAGGCCGCUUUACAGGCCGACUAAAAUUACUAUUGGGCGAGUAUAUGUAGUCACUGCAAUCAUGGGAUUCUAGGGUGCAUUUUGGAGUAGCUAUUUCCCCUAUGCAUGUAUGCAUGUAUGCAUCUACGUAGGUAUGUAGGUAUGAUGUAUACAUAUACAUAUACAUAUACAUAUACAUAUAUAUAUAUAUAUGUAUAUAUGUAUGCACUUAGGAAACGACGAGCUGCGAGAUAAUAUCGUCUGUAAGCUAUAGUAUUAUCUGUAUACAUGUUCUUUGUCUGUAUAUGUGUGCAUGUGUGCUCGCGAACACGCCUUUUGCCGUUCAUUCACAACGAACUCCUGGUGGUCUAAGAGCUCUCCGUCCUCACCCUUUGUUUUUCUACCAACGUGCAUACUCCGCCGUAAUUAACCGGUCGUAAUUACGCGCGAUAAAGUGCAUACCGCUCGUCUUCCGAGUUGCACGCUACUUUCUUCCUACCGGCUUUUCGACGAUCCCGUUCACGCCUAUAUAAUCUACAAAUUUAUGUAUUUCUCCGAUUUACCGCGAUAACGCGACAACUGGGAUUUGCUAACGGCAUAUAAUACAAUAAUAACAUAAUGAUGACUUCUUACCGAUUAACCACAUCAAUAUUUUAUAGAGAUAUAUAUAAAGAAAAAUUUUCAUCCGUAUACUUCCUUAUAAUCUAUAUAAUUUUAAUUAAUUUAAUUACUAAUCGUUAUUCUUGUGAAAUUUAACAUAAUAUAUUUAUAUUGUUAAUUAUCUAUACAUUAUACCUAUAUAAAUUGAAAUAAUUAAUGUUAGUAAUAGGAUAUUAAAAACUUCAAUUCUUAAUAAUAAUUGAUAUCUAAGAAAUGUAAUCGUAUAUUUUCAUCGUUAUCUGUCACGUCGACGUUAUCAAAGUCAAGUCAUCGUCGUUUAUAAUAAUAAAGUCAUCUUGAUUAAUAAGAAUAAUUAUCUUAAAUCUCGUGAUAGAUAAGUUCAGGAAACAAUUAAGAUCAACAAUCUGAGUCAUCCGGUAUAAAAGAAUAAUCUUCUUUGGUAUUUCUUUAUCUUUUCUUUUCCUUUUAUUUUAUUAUAUUCUUAGGAUUCGCGAAGGCCAUCGUAAUUUUCUCGUCCAACGAUCGUUAUUAUCUUGCUAGUAUCUCGUAUAUUUUUUUCCUCCCUACUCUUUAAAAAAAAAAAAAAAAAAAAAAAAAAACACGACGAUAAUAAAGAGAACGACGGCGACAUUGACGUUAGUAACGACGAUUCGAAUUUUGUCUUUCAUUCGGUGCCGACGAUAAAACAAAACUUCUCUUGUGUCUCUUUUAUGUCCUUUCUUUUUUUUUUUUUAUUUCUUCUGUCUCAAAUGAGAUGAGAAAAUUCAUAGGAUGGCCGAUCAUUUGUCUGACCAUUAUCCUUGCCGAGGACACCAUAGCCGAUUUGAACGUCUCCUCAAAGAUCGAUCUCGACUCGAACGAAAUCCAGCUAACAUCCUCCGAACGUCCUGUCAUCGUCUCAAACCAAAGAGAAAGGAUCGUCGAUGUUCAAAAGGAACCUUCGAUGAUACGCAUCAACGAACAACCAAACCCAUGGUUACAUCGUUCGACUCAAUCCUUCCUAAGAUCAAGUUUCCCAGAAGAUUUAAGAAAACGAAGGACACAUCUAUCAUCCGUAUCGGCGACAAACACUCCAAACACUGUUGUAAACAACGUACGAAUUUUUGUAAACGAAAACGAGACAGAAAAGGGAUCGAAUGUUGCGUCCUGCGAAAAUGGUGUUUGCGACGUAUCGGUUUCGUCGAAAAUCGACGACGAGGGAAACAUUGUGACGGACGUACACAUCACCAUAAUCACAAACACAAAGCCGAACAUCGAGGUCGCCGAAAUUCCGAUUAUCGAUGGAUUACGGGGCAUAGAAGAGAACAUACCUCGCCCAUCGUCUCCCGUGUUUCAUCCUCUGGAUCAAGUGAAACCAACUUUCACUCAUUUUCUGCGUAACGAUAUACCGCAAGUUCAAGUCCAUGGAUUUGUGGAACCAAACAACGGAGAAAUUCAUUUCCAAGAUCGGAGAAACUACGGAAGAAUAUUUCCGACUAUAUACCGAUGGUAUAACGGGAAUAAUCAUGAACAACGUGGAUACAACAAGGGUUUUCAAGAUUCUAGGUCGUGGCUUCCGCGAAGAGUUAUUGUCGACGAUAAGAUCGAAGCACCGCUUAGUAAAACGAAGCAAUCCGAGAAAUAAAAGAUUUCUAGAUGCUAGAAACAAUGCAACUAUCAUCAUACAGUGAUUCUUUUGUUGA